AUGGCCCUACACCGACUCGUCCUCCUCCUUCGUCCCCUUCGCUCUCUCUCCCCUCGACACUUCUCCUCUCCCACUUCCCUCCGGACCAUGACCAAAGAGACCACCCCUCCUCCCACGACCUCCUCUUCCACCGUCCCCAUCGCCCACCACCCCCCGUCCCUCCCCGCCUCCCCCGCCGCCAAACGCUCCAAACCCAACACCACCACCACAAUGGCCAUCCCACAGUCUCUCCCGCCGCUCCAGGUGAAGAAGCUCACCGAGUCCGGGCGCGCCCCGACGCGCGGCUCCGCCUUCGCCGCCGGCUACGACAUGUACAGCGCCAAGGACACCGUCAUCCCGGCCAAGGGCAAGGCGCUGGUCGACACGGGCAUUGCCAUUGCCGUGCCUGAAGGGACCUACGGCCGCAUCGCCCCCCGCAGCGGGCUCGCCUCGAAGCACUUCAUCGACACCGGCGCCGGUGUGAUCGACGCCGACUACCGCGGCGAAGUCAAGGUGCUACUGUUUAAUUUUUCGGACGUGGAUUUCACCGUCAAGGAGGGGGAUCGCGUGGCGCAGCUCGUGCUGGAGCGCAUCUAUACGCCGGAGGUUGUGGUUGUGGAGGAGCUGGAGGAGAGUGUGCGCGGCGCGGGUGGUUUUGGUAGUACCGGGAACUAG